GUGACGAUAACAAACCGCGUAUAAAGUUGCAGACUUUCUCUGCGAUUUUAUAGAGUCAGUUCCGACGAGUCUCAUAAUGAAGUCGAAGCCAGUUGAAGUGAGCUUGACGCCCGACGUUGCAGAAGCUCCGAUUUUAACCACUGAAGAAGUAUUGAUAAUAAUGGGGAAAAAAAUCGACGGAAGCUUUGAUCUGGUCGAGUACAACCUCAGUGUAAUAAAUAAGACCAACGGAUUUAUGGGACUGUACCACACGCUCACUGCAGUAGUGAAAGUCAACGGUGCGACUAGGGUGGACCAUUUUUUCCUGAAAGCUCAGCCGUUGAAGCACAGUCCUCAGUACGAAUUCAUGGUCGAGUCCGACCAUUUCCGGAAGGAAUUGACGAUGUACGGGAAGAUUAUGCCACAGAUGAAAACUGGAAAGAAUCAGGCUAACUGGUCAGCCGAGUGUUACUUAGCGAGGGACGAUCUCAUAGUCAUGGACGACCUCUCCGCCCUGGACUACGUGAUGCCUGACAAGUACACGUCGUUCGAUUACAACCAUUGCGCAGUCCUCUUUCAAACCUUGGCUCGAUUGCACUCAGGGUCCUUCGUGAUCGAGGAGAAGCUCAAGUCGGAGGGUAAGACCUUGUUCGAGGUUUACGGCGAUGUUUUGGACGAGCCACUGUUCAACGGUACCGAUAUAUCGACAAGAUACAGAGCUUCGUGUAUCCUGGGAACAAGAUCUUUGAUCGACCUUCUGCACGAGAAACUUACCGAGGAGGAAAGGGCCGAAUUCAAGAAACGUAUUGAGCCGUGGUGCGAUAACUUCCCGGCAAUUCUGAGCCCUUCGACAAAGUACAAGAACGUGAUUUGCCAUCGUGACCUUUGGGCCAACAACAUGAUGGUCAAGUACGACGGAUCGGGAAACCCGCAACACUGUUGCUUGAUAGACUUGCAAUUUGCUCGGUACAGUCCACCGGCUAUGGACUGCGUGAUUUCUCUACACUUGAUCACCGACCGAGAGACGAGAGACAAACACGGUGAAUCGUUGUUGAGAGUAUACUAUCAAACUUUCGAGGACGAAUUGAGGAAGGCCGGACUUGAUGCCAGGGACCAUCUUGAGUGGUCAACGUUUUUGAAGAGCUGCGAAGAAACCAAAUCAACCGCUCUGAUCUACGCUGUUCUUAAUCAACCUGUAACAAUGCUGCAUCCUGAUACCUGCAGUAAACAAUUCGCCGAGUCGCCGGAGUUGUUAACCGAAAGUUUGUAUAACGAUAGAUCAGCGCUAGUGUGCAGUCAAUUUCUUACCGUACAACCAUACCGGGAACGAAUAACUGAAGCCUUACUUGAGGCGCACGAAUUGUUGCCGAACUACACGGCAAGUCAACUGUGAUGUGAAGCAUAUGAACAUUUGUCAAGACUCAUCGACGUCUCGUAUCUGUAUCAAGAAACAAGUUGAGAUGAUAAA